AUGAAAUGUAAUAUUAGUAUAUAUUUUUUUGCUUCCUUCUUUGUGUUAUAUUUUGCAAAAGCUAGGAAUGAAUAUGAUAUAAAAGAGAAUGAAAAAUUUUUAGACGUGUAUAAAGAAAAAUUUAAUGAAUUAGAUAAAAAGAAAUAUGGAAAUGUUCAAAAAACUGAUAAGAAAAUAUUUACUUUUAUAGAAAAUAAAUUAGAUAUUUUAAAUAAUUCAAAAUUUAAUAAAAGAUGGAAGAGUUAUGGAACUCCAGAUAAUAUAGAUAAAAAUAUGUCUUUAAUAAAUAAACAUAAUAAUGAAGAAAUGUUUAACAACAAUUAUCAAUCAUUUUUAUCGACAAGUUCAUUAAUAAAGCAAAAUAAAUAUGUUCCUAUUAACGCUGUACGUGUGUCUAGGAUAUUAAGUUUCCUGGAUUCUAGAAUUAAUAAUGGAAGAAAUACUUCAUCUAAUAACGAAGUUUUAAGUAAUUGUAGGGAAAAAAGGAAAGGAAUGAAAUGGGAUUGUAAAAAGAAAAAUGAUAGAAGCAACUAUGUAUGUAUUCCUGAUCGUAGAAUCCAAUUAUGCAUUGUUAAUCUUAGCAUUAUUAAAACAUAUACAAAAGAGACCAUGAAGGAUCAUUUCAUUGAAGCCUCUAAAAAAGAAUCUCAACUUUUGCUUAAAAAAAAUGAUAACAAAUAUAAUUCUAAAUUUUGUAAUGAUUUGAAGAAUAGUUUUUUAGAUUAUGGACAUCUUGCUAUGGGAAAUGAUAUGGAUUUUGGAGGUUAUUCAACUAAGGCAGAAAACAAAAUUCAAGAAGUUUUUAAAGGGGCUCAUGGGGAAAUAAGUGAACAUAAAAUUAAAAAUUUUAGAAAAAAAUGGUGGAAUGAAUUUAGAGAGAAACUUUGGGAAGCUAUGUUAUCUGAGCAUAAAAAUAAUAUAAAUAAUUGUAAAAAUAUUCCCCAAGAAGAAUUACAAAUUACUCAAUGGAUAAAAGAAUGGCAUGGAGAAUUUUUGCUUGAAAGAGAUAAUAGAUCAAAAUUGCCAAAAAGUAAAUGUAAAAAUAAUACAUUAUAUGAAGCAUGUGAGAAGGAAUGUAUUGAUCCAUGUAUGAAAUAUAGAGAUUGGAUUAUUAGAAGUAAAUUUGAAUGGCAUACGUUAUCGAAAGAAUAUGAAACUCAAAAAGUUCCAAAGGAAAAUGCGGAAAAUUAUUUAAUCAAAAUUUCAGAAAACAAGAAUGAUGCUAAAGUAAGUUUAUUAUUGAAUAAUUGUGAUGCUGAAUAUUCAAAAUAUUGUGAUUGUAAACAUACUACUACUCUCGUUAAAAGCGUUUUAAAUGGUAACGACAAUACAAUUAAGGAAAAGCGUGAACAUAUUGAUUUAGAUGAUUUUUCUAAAUUUGGAUGUGAUAAAAAUUCCGUUGAUACAAACACAAAGGUGUGGGAAUGUAAAAAACCUUAUAAAUUAUCCACUAAAGAUGUAUGUGUACCUCCGAGGAGGCAAGAAUUAUGUCUUGGAAACAUUGAUAGAAUAUACGAUAAAAACCUAUUAAUGAUAAAAGAGCAUAUUCUUGCUAUUGCAAUAUAUGAAUCAAGAAUAUUGAAACGAAAAUAUAAGAAUAAAGAUGAUAAAGAAGUUUGUAAAAUCAUAAAUAAAACUUUCGCUGAUAUAAGAGAUAUUAUAGGAGGUACUGAUUAUUGGAAUGAUUUGAGCAAUAGAAAAUUAGUAGGAAAAAUUAACACAAAUUCAAAUUAUGUUCACAGGAAUAAACAAAAUGAUAAGCUUUUUCGUGAUGAGUGGUGGAAAGUUAUUAAAAAAGAUGUAUGGAAUGUGAUAUCAUGGGUAUUCAAGGAUAAAACUGUUUGUAAAGAAGAUGAUAUUGAAAAUAUACCACAAUUCUUCAGAUGGUUUAGUGAAUGGGGUGAUGAUUAUUGCCAGGAUAAAACAAAAAUGAUAGAGACUCUGAAGGUUGAAUGCAAAGAAAAACCUUGUGAAGAUGACAAUUGUAAACGUAAAUGUAAUUCAUAUAAAGAAUGGAUAUCAAAAAAAAAAGAAGAGUAUAAUAAACAAGCCAAACAAUACCAAGAAUAUCAAAAAGGAAAUAAUUACAAAAUGUAUUCUGAAUUUAAAUCUAUAAAACCAGAAGUUUAUUUAAAGAAAUACUCGGAAAAAUGUUCUAACCUAAAUUUCGAAGAUGAAUUUAAGGAAGAAUUACAUUCAGAUUAUAAAAAUAAAUGUACGAUGUGUCCAGAAGUAAAGGAUGUACCAAUUUCUAUAAUAAGAAAUAAUGAACAAACUUCGCAAGAAGCAGUUCCUGAGGAAAGCACUGAAAUAGCACACAGAACGGAAACUCGUACGGAUGAACGAAAAAAUCAGGAACCAGCAAAUAAGGAUUUAAAGAAUCCACAACAAAGUGUAGGAGAGAACGGAACUAAAGAUUUAUUACAAGAAGAUUUAGGAGGAUCACGAAGUGAAGACGAAGUGACACAAGAAUUUGGAGUAAAUCAUGGAAUACCUAAGGGUGAGGAUCAAACGUUAGGAAAAUCUGACGCCAUUCCAAACAUAGGCGAACCCGAAACGGGAAUUUCCACUACAGAAGAAAGUAGACAUGAAGAAGGCCACAAUAAACAAGCAUUGUCUACUUCAGUCGAUGAGCCUGAAUUAUCUGAUACACUUCAAUUGCAUGAAGAUACUAAAGAAAAUGAUAAACUACCCCUAGAAUCAUCUACAAUCACAUCUCCUACGGAAAGUGGAAGUUCUGAUACAGAGGAAACUCCAUCUAUCUCUGAAGGACCAAAAGGAAAUGAACAAAAAAAACGUGAUGACGAUAGUUUGAGUAAAAUAAGUGUAUCACCAGAAAAUUCAAGACCUGAAACUGAUGCUAAAGAUACUUCUAACUUGUUAAAAUUAAAAGGAGAUGUUGAUAUUAGUAUGCCUAAAGCAGUUAUUGGGAGCAGUCCUAAUGAUAAUAUAAAUGUUACUGAACAAGGGGAUAAUAUUUCCGGGGUGAAUUCUAAACCUUUAUCUGAUGAUGUACGUCCAGAUAAAAAUCAUGAAGAGGUGAAAGAACAUACUAGUAAUUCUGAUAAUGUUCAACAGUCUGGAGGAAUUGUUAAUAUGAAUGUUGAGAAAGAACUAAAAGAUACUUUAGAAAAUCCUUCUAGUAGCUUGGAUGAAGGAAAAGCACAUGAAGAAUUAUCAGAACCAAAUCUAAGCAGUGACCAAGAUAUGUCUAAUACACCUGGACCUUUGGAUAACACCAGUGAAGAAACUACAGAAAGAAUUAGUAAUAAUGAAUAUAAAGUUAACGAGAGGGAAGGUGAGAGAACGCUUACUAAGGAAUAUGAAGAUAUUGUUUUGAAAAGUCAUAUGAAUAGAGAAUCAGACGAUGGUGAAUUAUAUGACGAAAAUUCAGACUUAUCUACUGUAAAUGAUGAAUCAGAAGACGCUGAAGCAAAAAUGAAAGGAAAUGAUACAUCUGAAAUGUCGCAUAAUAGUAGUCAACAUAUUGAGAGUGAUCAACAGAAAAACGAUAUGAAAACUGUUGGUGAUUUGGGAACCACACAUGUACAAAACGAAAUUAGUGUUCCUGUUACAGGAGAAAUUGAUGAAAAAUUAAGGGAAAGUAAAGAAUCAAAAAUUCAUAAGGCUGAAGAGGAAAGAUUAAGUCAUACAGAUAUACAUAAAAUUAAUCCUGAAGAUAGAAAUAGUAAUACAUUACAUUUAAAAGAUAUAAGAAAUGAGGAAAACGAAAGACACUUAACUAAUCAAAACAUUAAUAUUAGUCAAGAAAGGGAUUUGCAAAAACAUGGAUUCCAUACCAUGAAUAAUCUACAUGGAGAUGGAGUUUCCGAAAGAAGUCAAAUUAAUCAUAGUCAUCAUGGAAACAGACAAGAUCGGGGGGGAAAUUCUGGGAAUGUUUUAAAUAUGAGAUCUAAUAAUAAUAAUUUUAAUAAUAUUCCAAGUAGAUAUAAUUUAUAUGAUAAAAAAUUAGAUUUAGAUCUUUAUGAAAACAGAAAUGAUAGUACAACAAAAGAAUUAAUAAAGAAAUUAGCAGAAAUAAAUAAAUGUGAGAACGAAAUUUCUGUAAAAUAUUGUGACCAUAUGAUUCAUGAAGAAAUCCCAUUAAAAACAUGCACUAAAGAAAAAACAAGAAAUCUGUGUUGUGCAGUAUCAGAUUACUGUAUGAGCUAUUUUACAUAUGAUUCAGAGGAAUAUUAUAAUUGUACGAAAAGGGAAUUUGAUGAUCCAUCUUAUACAUGUUUCAGAAAGGAGGCUUUUUCAAGUAUGCCAUAUUAUGCAGGAGCAGGUGUGUUAUUUAUUAUAUUGGUUAUUUUAGGUGCUUCACAAGCCAAAUAUCAAAGUUCUGAAGGAGUUAUGAAUGAGAAUAAUGAGAAUAAUUUUUUAUUUGAAGUUACUGAUAAUUUAGAUAAAUUAUCCAAUAUGUUCAAUCAACAAGUACAGGAAACUAAUAUCAACGAUUUUUCUGAAUACCAUGAGGAUAUAAAUGAUAUUAAUUUUAAGAAAUGA